AUGGUCCUCCUCACACAGCUUCCCCCAGAAAUCGUGAACCAUGUCCUGAGCUUCGUCGACCCUGAGGACCUGCCGAGGGUCAACACAACCUGCCAGUACCUGUACCAUGCCGUGAAGGACAAUAAAGCGCUGUUCCGGGCCGUCUAUCUCCGCCAUCUCGAUGCACCACCACCCGACGCACAACUCAGUUGGGUUCAGGAAAUCCAAGAUCUGGUCAAAUUGAAGCGCAUAUGUGCCAGUGAGGGACCCGAGAGGUUGAGAGCCACUUCACUGUUCACGGACAGGUCUCAGGGGGGCAUCUUGCCCGGGGGACAGAGCGAUCACCUCCCUUUUGUCUACAACACUGUCACCCGUCUUCUCCAGCAUGCUACAUCGCAGGGCGCCCGCCCGAGGCCGAGCGUCACCUACGGGGCGAGCCAGAACGUGAGCAUCCUGCGGGAGUGCUUCUCCUCCGAGUCGACCGUCCACGCCUUCCUCUGCAGGUCCUUCCUCUUCCAGCGGGCGCGCACCCCCGUAAAGAAGUUCAGCUUCCCCAAGCAGCCGCCCGAGGAGCGGCAGAUGUCGGCGAAGCUGCACUGUCUGUAUGGCGCCCCCGUGCUCAACUUCAGCCGCCUGAGGUCGAGCAGGACACACCCCUUCGCCAUCAGCAAGGUCUACGAUAUCCGGGAGUACACGACCCCGGACGCGAUGGGCUAUGUUCCCGAACCGAGGAAUAGGGAUAUAGCGGACCUGGAGCUGGAAGAUCCUUAUGGUGUGACCGGGACUUGGCUGAGGGUCGUCUGCUUCCUUGACUACAACGACUUCUUCGCCUACAACUUCCCGCCACACGACGAUCUGCCAAACCACCUCCCCCGGCACGCCCUCGACGAGGUCGAGGCAACGCGCCUGAUCGUGGUCAAGAUCCGCGUCACCAGGAUCGAGCCGCCGGGGCCUGAGGACGGCCAGGCCCUGCCCGUGGUGCACUUCGAGGGCUUCUCCAAGUCGCUGGACUCGAGCCUCGACGAGAACGCCAACUCCGGCCUCACAGGGAGCGUCCGCCUCACCAGGGAGGGCGAGGUGCGCUGGACAAGCCACUCCAUCUUCAACGGCCAGGAGAGGUGGCGCAGCGAGAGCAUCCAGGUCGGCGGGCUCAGGUCGGCCAAGGUGGUCGGGAACUGGUUCGACAAAGACUACGACCCGUCCGGCCCCGUCGGUCCAACCGCGUUCUGGAAAAUUAGCGACCGGCAGCCGGGCAGCCGCGACGAUCACAUAACUGAGAAUGACUACCGCGCCAUCAUCGACGGGCUGGAGGAGGAUGUCGACCUCGGGCCCGCUGACGACGACGACGACGCCGGCCUCUUGGGCGUGUUCCAGAUAAAUUACGAUGACGAGGAGUACGAGUUUGGCGAGGAGGAGGAGGAGGAUGAUGAUGAUGACGGAAGCGAGGAAGACGACCUCGGUUCUGGUGACGCGGCGGGUGAUAUGACCGGUGGGGAGGAACAAGAUGGCGAUGACGAUACGUUUAUCUUCGCCGGGGUGACGUCUCAUGGCCUAGACGAAAAGUAG